GAAUCGCAGUUGAUGAAAUCGAGCGUGCUAUUAUUAGUGAACAUGGGUCUGUGACAUACCUAACUCGCAUAAUCGUUGGCUGUUUCGAAGGUUACGUUACAGUGCUCAAAUGAUAUUACCGAAAAGCAUAACAGACUAGUGCGACUGGGCAGAGUCACUGAACUUGGAUUCGCCAUCUACACAAACGCUACUCCACACCCAGAGUUACCUAAGAUGAUUUCCCGUAGCAAGUUUCUCACGCAGAAGAGCACCCCGGCGAGGAACGAGAAAUUUGGACGCUGGAUCCUGGCAGGAGUGCUGCUGAAUUUAUGCCUUGGCAUCUCUGUCUCGGGCCAUGUGGUCCUUCGGGAAGAUCGUCGUGAGAAAGAUCGGGAGUCGGAAGUGGCCGUUGCGCACGGAAUUCAGCACGAUGGAGUUCUCUCGUCCACAUCGCGCACUGUAGGUGAAGUGACAAAAAAACAGGAGGGUGAAGGACUUCAGUCAUAUUCGUUAGGCGGAGACACUUACGUCCGAUGGGGGCGCACUACCUGUCCGGAUAUCUCGAGUACAGAGCUAGUGUAUACAGGGUACACUGCAGGGGAAUGGUAUUCAUUUGGCGGUACAUCGGACUUUGUCUGCCUUCCACAAAAACCUCAGUGGGGAGACUCCUAUAAGGAUGGGUUCCAAUCAUUUUCCCAUUUAUAUGGAACGGAGUACCGGGUUGGCACUUUCGAUCCCUUUUCCCACGUGAACACCGAAUUUCUGAACAACCACGCCGUGCCCUGCGCCGUGUGCCGCCUGGUCCACAAGACUAAGUUACUUUACCCGGCCAAGCUCAGCUGCCCUUCCGGAUGGAUGAAGGAGUACAGUGGUUUCCUCAUGGCUGGGUACUACGCCCAUGGGCGAACCAAAGCCUUGUGCGUGGACGAGGCGCCCGAGGUAGUGUUCGGUAGUAGUACCGCUAAGUACGGGGCGCUGCUGUACGUCAUGGAAAGCGCGUGCGGAUCCCUUCCUUGUCCCCCUUACGUUAACGGGCGUGAAAUAACGUGCACUGUCUGCAGUAUCUAGAAAUGACGUACAGAUCACAUCAUAUUGACAUUUCGACACUUGACAAAGAGUAUAACUGUAUGGUAUACGCCACAUGCUUCCGUAGAUUUAUUUUGUAAUUUCUGCUGAAUUAACUUUCCGCAUAUAAAGACUUGCUAAUAAUUUCAAAGAAUUAAAGAGAAGCUUGUUUUUACUCUGGCGAAUUUAUCUUUACAUCGAUAGAAACCACCAUACCGCUUCUCAUACUGAUAUAAUUUCAGUACUGAAUUCAAUGAACUCGCUAUCGAGUUCUGUCCGUCGCACUUCAUCAGUUCAACCCUAUCACAAGGAUGACACGGUGCAUGGAAGUAAUUACAAGACCUAGCCCUUUUAUUUGUGUCUUUAAUUGGUGUUUUAGGCUCCAGUGCCAGGGUUAAUAAAUUGGCAGAGACGUUAAGUAAUGGCCUCACAUUUCUGCUCAUAUUGGCCUACAGGAGAUUCCGAGGCUACAGUUUUGCGUUGCUGCUGUUAAAUUGGUUUUUGCAUAUUUUUAAGACGGAACAGCAUUACCUAUCACAUGCACCUAGUAUUUAUCUGAACACUUUGUUGUGGCUUAAUUAGAAAGUUUCGAAAACACCUUACAUAACACGCCAGUUUGCAAACCUUGAUCCACAAAGGCCUUAGAUGUCUCAGGGCGGUACAAGCGAUUUGAUAUUUUGGAAAGUAGCUUGCAUCUUAACCCUAACAUUCCUCAAUCCCCCACCUGUCCAAGGAUUGAGGACUGUUAGGGUUAAGUUAUGAUGCAGUCUUCGCUGGGUACUCCCCAUCUGGUAGGAAUUCCGGUGUUAAAUGAUUUUUCCUUGAUGUUGCCCCCUGAUUCAUGAGAAGUAGCCAUCAAGUCCCUGUUUCACGAAACCAAAAAUUGCACACUACAACAGCAGGCUAUUACAUGCGAUGCUGCAUAACUUUAAAAGGGGUUGGCAAAAUAGGGCUGAGUAGAGUUGUCUCGGGUGGACAUACUUGACCAGCAUCUGGAUUCGAACUGCUGAUCCUAUCAUAAUUUACUCCAAACAUUUUCGGCUACUUUUAGGUCAAGGAAAACAUUUAAAUGCCUUAUGGUAUGAAGCUAUACUGGUGUAAUACAUAACAUUUUAAUGCUUUCAAGUCAUAUCACAAACUGAAAGACGGGCUAUUACAAAAGAUUUCGUUUAGGUAUCCGAGGAAAUUCAAAUCCCCUUCCGUUGGUGUAUAUGGUGUGCCUUUUCUUCGAGGGCUAUAAUUAUUAUUAUCAAUUACUGGUGAGUGGAUUUAAUUUGUACUAAACUUCUAACCAUGGAAAAUAUGCAAUUUUGAGCCCUUUUUUGAAGAAGUUGGUAUGUGAUCUGGUGUCUGAGUUAAAUAAACCCAACUAGUGCCAACCACGUUGAAAACAAACGGGCAGCGAACGGU